CCCGGCUGGAACCUCCACGAAUAGUCUUCAUUGGAUUUAUUCUGUUGUACCAUGAUCGACUUGUACGAUCCGCACUAAGUUCACCACCAUGAUUGGUUGCAAGGGGACAGGGGUAGUAGAAUUUCUUGUCCAGGAAAAGCAACUCUUGUGUUAGCGACCAUCUCUUGACAAAAGACCACUGUUUGGAUCCCGCAGCCACGUCCUCUACGUAAGGGAUGGUAAAUUUGUUGGGAUAAAGGAUUGUCGAAUUAUGGUAGUUUUCUAUCACCAAUCUGGAGCACUAAGCUAAAUUUUUAUCAAUUCCCGAGGUUUUGCGCAACACAAAUGCAAAUAUUGGACAGCCACCAAGAAAUACGGUCAAGCCAGUGGUGGCAAAAGUUGCCGAAAUAUUGAUUUUACAAUGAAUUGCCGCGAUUGCAAUAGUGCAACUGGGUGUAGUAAAAACAGGGAACAUGGCGCAAAUAAAAAAGCAAUGGCGAGAUUUUUCAUGACAGCUCGUCAUGGUGCGAAUCGUGACGUGAAGGGCUGCUUGAGGACACGAAUCGAGCCGUGGUCCAGGCCGUUGGAAGGCCUGCUUUUUCAGGCGUUUUAGUGGUAUAGUACGCUGUCUCUUACCAAUCUCCAGGCGUCUGCUUAGGAUAAUAGGAGCUCAGCCUGGUCGUGUCCCGUUACUUUCAAUGUGGUGGGCGAUGUUUGCUUUUUCCGUGCGGUGAGUUUUGCUUUUGUAUCGCUGAUGUCUCCGUACCGCCUAUAUACUGUUCAAUGCAAAGAGUAGGCACAUUCUGCUAAGUCGGCUAACUGAAAUAGGAUAGCAUUGCUAACACUAAAAUUCUGUACUAUUUGGUUCUGUCCUUUGGUGCUGUUGUGAAGCAAGGCUGCGCGUCCUCUGGGAUGUGUUCAGCCGAGACAGUCCAGUUAGACAGCACUGUAAUGUCAGCUGAUCUUGCUACAUGUGAAGGAUGUGGAAAAAUAUAAUUGUGCUCGUGAUUUGAAUUUUAGCAAGUCAGCUAGCAUUGAUCGUAGGUGACAACACUCAGCCCGCGUUCAGCCCGCGUUCGAGUAAGCAGAGCCUGGUCGCAGUGGUGUGAUUUUAUUGCAUAUUACUCACCAAUGUGCCUUUGAUCGUGGUGGAAAUUCCCCAAACAUAACAUAACACUAUUUUAUAACAUCCAUGCUUUCUUAAUAAUUUAGAACAGAUUUAAUAGACCACAGGCAGAAGGUGUGAAGAGGUGAACUUAGUACAGGGUAUCGGAGGGACAACAUCGUGGGGCAAUGACACUGCUGGCGCUAACUAAGCAGGCUUAGCGCACUCCAUUAGCGGCCUCAGCGCGGAGACUUGCCGCGCCGCUCGACGUGGGGAAGACGAACGCCAGCCUACUCGAUUCCCUCAACAUCUCAGCAACAACGAUACUGCUGCAGCAAUCUGAAUCAGCUCCAGCAUCUUGAACUAGCAAACAAACACUACGGAAACGCUACGGUCUAUUGAUUACAUACAAGCCCCUACAUAGCCCAGCAAGCCCUCGAUUUAUCCCGCCGUCAUUUGCGCGCCAGCAACCAUGGCUGAUCUCAUUGACCCGACCGUUGCUGGCAAAUACCCCGUCAUUCUUGGCGAUGGCCUCCUAGGAAAGGAUGCAAACGAAGUGUUUACCCGUAUUAGAUACAAUCAUCAGCCAACGCUUUCCUCCGAAGACGCCCCAGAACAGGCAAAGCUGAAACCUUCGAUCGCCGGCAAAACAUCGUCAUACGACCUCUCCUAUACAGACCGUGGUAAUAACUAUGCUUUCCAAGGUGCGAGAAAAAGCGACGACGAUCAAUACGUUCUCUACUUCGACCCCGUGCGAAAAGCGUUCAUUCUCGAUAAGGUGGAUUCCACGUUCGAUAUGAAUGUAACUCGACUUCCUGACAAUUCCAAUGCCGAAGACCUCAGCCACCAAUUCCCUCAUCUUGACAUAUCCUCAAAUACAAAAUCAAACGCAUCCAGGCCGAAGGCAGAUAAGCCAAAAGCGGCAGUUGUCAAUAAACCUGUAAAGAAGGCCAAGGAGGUGGCCGCCAUGGCUUUCCCUUCAACCACAGAAUCUAAACCAAAACCAAAACCAAAAUCAAGGAACGACGAAGAAGAAGACGAAGACGAUGAUGACGGUGGCCUUCUCGUCGAAUAUCCAGGGGCCGACAACUCUAAGAAGACGGACUUCUCGCCAGCCUUCCCUACCCAGCUUCGAUUCGAUGAUUACAUGGAUCGACGUGAAUCAGAAGCUGAUGAUGCAGAUGGAGAGAGUGACGAUGAAAUAGAUAUGGAAUUCAAACUGCCAAGCCCAGUUAAUAGACAGGAAAUCCCUGUCGCUCAGGCGGCCGAGGCUCAAGAAGAAGAAGACAACGAUGACGCCGACCUGGAAGCUGAUUUGGAGAAUGAAUUAGAAAACGCAUUUGAAGACCUGGCCAAUAGCCAGGAAGAUACACACGCCGGAGGAGGUGAUGAAAGCGAGAUUAGCGAAGAAGACUAGAGCUGUCUUCCCCUACUUGUAAAAAUGGAGGCCUAUAUAUACCCGCGUUUGACACGCUUACGAAACGUAUUCUUGUUCUCUGCUCUCUACCUUAAUGUAUUCAUGCCAAAAAGAAUUUUAUUAUAUAUUUUACUGCUUAAUGACCUUGUUUGUGAAAAGGAGAUGCGACAGGACAUAUAAUAUUGAUGGAUGUAGUUCGGACUAGAGAGAGGUUAUGCGCGCUGACCGGUAAUCUCCUCGUCAUCGUCUAAUUCAUAUUUAGAUCCAGGUAAAUGGUCCGUGACUCCUUUAAUCUCAUCUCUGCACCAGAUGUGAUGGGUUGAGUAUGUCAAUAGGUGACCGUGAAGCUUGAGGGCAUCUUCAUCAAAGGAUCCUACUGUCACAGCCAUUCUGGGCGAGGAGUCCUCACACCAUGCUAGCACGCUUCCGCAAAUGCCACAAAAGGAUCGGGUAAUGCCCUUGGAAGCAGAAUAGCGCUUGAUUGAUGCUUCAGAUGCAGGUGAGUACGAUAUUGCGGACUUGGGAAUGCGGUGCAUGCGAGCGAAGAGGGCUCCUGUCUGUUUGCGACACAUGACGCACUGGCAAGUAGAUGUCUGUGACUUGCUUAGCGAUUGUUUCGAACAUCUAGCCUACAAGACACCAAAUCUCUCCUCACGUCCCCUCUUGGGAUUCAUGUAAUUACAUACGGCUUUAGCAAAAUCGUGGUCAGCUGGGAAAGUGAUGGUAUAACGAACAGCCUCACACAGGCAGCCUCCUGUAAUAGACGAAGGUUUAAUUUGUGUAGACAUUCUGUAUGCGACAAUAUGUGGUUUUGUGACGAUGAAAGAGAGAGGAGUCCAUUCACGAUUACCGA